AUGGACUACUUGAAUGCAGUGGUUAUGCUCAUGUGCAGAAACGUAGGCAGUGACUUCAUACUCAUUUUUCAGUGCACGUCCAGUGGCCGUCGCUCCUGUACGUUAUAACUUACGUAGGAAUGGAUAUAUCGCCAAGAAAACGAAUAUGCUACCGUCUAUUUGCGAUGUAUACGCGUUAAACAUUAAUACAGACAUAUAAGAAAACGGAUUUUAUGUCAGUGUUUGUCAAUGGACUGCUCUGUUUUGGCUGAUUUGCUGUUGAAAUUACGUUUUUUUUUUUUCCUUAGCCCGCGGUGCGUUCACUUACUUAAUAUUGCUUUUAAAAUCAAGAUGGGCUUUAUCAAAUGAUGAUGGAAGCACGAUCGAUUACAGAUGCACUCUACCAAGGUGGCAGCAAUGGCGCAAGCAAUACUGUGAUCGUCAUGUAGCCUACUCCUUCCGUGUAGAGGAAUAAUGCUGACAUUGAUGACUCUGGGAUCCUUAUUAAAUUGUUAAUAAUACAAUGAACACCACUGUUACACCAUCAGACCUGGUGGAUAUGCCAAGACAGCAGAACUUCAAUGGCACCGUGGGCACACAGACCCCUUCAGGUUGGGCCGUGAUCCACAAUGCUACCUUAACCUUUUGCUCUCUCCUCCUCAUCUUCAUCUUUUGCCUGGGCUCAUAUGGCAACCUUGUGGUGUUCCUGUCCUUUUUUGACCCAGUGUUUCGCAAGUUCCGCACCAACUUUGACUUCAUGAUCCUCAACCUUUCCUUCUGUGACUUGUUCAUUUGCUGUGUGACUGCUCCCAUGUUUGCCCUGGUGCUCUUCCUGGAUGCAGGUGGAGGGGAUGGCGUGUCAAAGAGUUUCUGCUUCGCCUUCCACUUGACCAGCUCAGCCUUCAUCAUCAUGUCCCUGGAGACGGUAGCUGUCAUUGCUUUGCACAGACUGCGCAUGGUUUUGGGGCAGCAGCCCAACCGCACUGCCUCCUUUCCCUGCACGCUGGCCCUCACUGCCCUGCUGUGGACAUCCAGUUUCACCAUGGCUGCCCUCCUUACCAUGCGAGCAUACCCACGUAGAGAUGGACCCUGCUUGCCCCACUUUGGCCUGGGAGGUGGACAGGCCAGGGUUGUGUUGUAUGUCUACCUGGCAGACUUUGCCUUUUGUGUAGCUGUGGUGUCAGUGUCCUAUCUGAUGAUUGCUCAAACACUGAGGAAGAAUGCACAAGUGAGGAAAUGUCCCGUCAUCACUGUAGAUGCCACAUGCCCUCCACCCCCACCUCCUCUCAUUGCAGCAGGCUUUGAGAGCAUGCAGUGUGCUGUUCAAGGCCCCUCUCUGUACCGUAACCAGACUUACAAUAAACUGCAGAACGUUCAGACACACUCUUAUGUCAACAAGACCAGCCAGCCUCUGGUUCCAGGGGCUGCCCAAGGAGCCACCUGCUGUCAGCUGGUGUCUACAGUCAACCUGGCCACAGCCAAAGACUCAAAGGCAGUUGUCACCUGUGUAGUUAUAGUGUUCUCUGUGCUGCUUUGCUGCUUGCCGAUGGGAGUUUCACUGGCACAGGAUGUUUUGUCACCAGACAGUAACUUUGCACAUUACCAGUUUGAACUGUGUGGCUUUGUGCUCAUUUUUCUCAAGUCAGGCAUCAAUCCCUUUGUGUACUCACGCAACAGUGCAGGCCUCCGCCGCCGUGUGCUAUGCUGUAUUCAGUGGGCGGCACUGGGUUUUCUCUGUUGCCAGCAAAAGACUCGACUACAUGCGAUGGGGAAGGGCAGCUUGGAAGUCAAUCGCAAUAAAUCCUCCCAUCAUGAGACCAACUCAGCCUAUGUGCUGUCACCCAAGCCACAGAGGAGGCUGGUAGACCAGGCUUGCGGGCCCAGUCACUCCAGAGAUUGUGCUGGUAGUCCAAGGGCCACAGGUGUGCGCAAACAUCGCCCCCCCAGUACCUCCACACCCAUCAACACCCGCAUUGAGCCCUACUACAGUAUAUACAACAGCAGUCUCUCUGCAGGGCCCAGCUCCCCCACCAGCCUGCAACCUGUCAGCUCUCAGACAUUUGCCUUUGCCAAGUCUUAUGUAGCCAUGCACUACCACCCUCACCAAGAAGCACUGCAAGACUUUGAAAGCACCUCAGUGCACCAGAUUCCCAUUCCCUCGGUCUAAUUAAAAAGCUGCUAAACUGAACGUUUUGGACAAUCUCACCGCGGCUUUAAAUCAAAUUUGAAUCAAAAGAAGAACAUGAAAACAGCCCAUUUUAUGUAUCUGGAAUCUGUAUUUAUCUUUUGUUCUCUUCUACAGUGAAAAUACAUGUUAUGUUUUCUUGGGUGGAAAAAUUAAAGAAUCAGUAUCAUAAGCCUUACCAUGAAACAGUUUGUAUUGAAAGUGUAUGUUCCAAAAAGUUAUUUAGUGUUAUUGAAUUGACUUAUUUUUUUUUACAGAGACUGCAUUUUCACAUAAAUCUGCCCCUGUGUUGCGCGGAUGCAUGUCCCAUUAUAACCCGAUAGGUUUUCAUUGCAGCCAAAGACUGCAGUUGCUGGACCACUGCUGUUUCCUCUCUGGCUGAAGUUACUGAGCACUGAUAUAAGCUGCUGUAGUGUCAGGCUGCUAUGAAACCCUGCACAGGCCCACACAUGGCUGGCGAUGGCAUGUGGUUGCACUUUGAUGAACUUUUGCUUCUUAAGAGAAAUGUAUUUAUGAACCUAAUACACUUUUUAACACAAUAAAUGUUUGGCAAGUG